CCUGCGAGCGGCGUCGCGGAGGCUCGUGGGGCGCGCGGCGUCCGGGCCGGCGGAUCUUGGGCUCUCGGCUUCCGUCCUGACCGGGCGGGGCCCGCGGCGCUCGUCUCCCGGCUCCUCGCGCGGCGCGAGUCUGCGAGAUGGGCGACCCGGCGCGGCCGGAAGCGGGCCGGCCCGGGCAGGGCGAGGUGAGCGCCGCCUCGCGCGUCCUUCGCCCCCGGGCGCGCCGGCCUCGGUUCACGAGAUUAUCUCCAAAUACCACCGAAAAUGCAGUGAAUUCUAAUGAAGAGCCGCUUCUCAGAAAGAGCUCCCGCCGCUUCGUCAUCUUCCCUAUCCAGUACCCUGAUAUCUGGAAGAUGUACAAGCAGGCACAGGCGUCCUUUUGGACGGCAGAGGAGGUUGACCUAUCAAAGGAUCUGCCUCACUGGAACAAGCUCAAACCCGAUGAGAAGUAUUUUAUCUCUCACAUCUUAGCCUUUUUUGCAGCCAGUGAUGGAAUUGUAAAUGAAAAUUUGGUGGAGCGGUUCAGCCAGGAGGUGCAGGUCCCCGAGGCUCGCUGCUUCUACGGCUUCCAGAUCCUCAUUGAGAAUGUUCACUCCGAGAUGUACAGCUUGCUCAUAGACACUUACAUCAGGGACCCUGAGAAGAGGGAAUUUUUAUUUAAUGCAAUUGAAACAAUGCCAUAUGUUAAGAAAAAAGCAGACUGGGCCCUGCGGUGGAUAGCAGACAGAAAGUCUACUUUCGGGGAGAGGGUGGUGGCCUUCGCGGCCGUGGAAGGAGUGUUCUUCUCGGGGUCCUUUGCGGCCAUCUUCUGGCUGAAGAAGAGAGGCCUCAUGCCGGGCCUCACCUUCUCCAACGAGCUCAUCAGCAGAGACGAGGGACUUCACUGUGAUUUUGCCUGCCUGAUGUUCCAGUACUUAGUGAACAAGCCUGCAGAGGACCGGGUCCAGGAGAUCAUCGUGGAUGCUGUUAGAAUUGAGCAGGAGUUUUUGACGGAAGCCCUGCCAGUCGGUCUGAUCGGGAUGAACUGUGUUUUGAUGAAGCAGUAUAUUGAGUUUGUGGCAGACAGAUUGCUGGUGGAACUGGGAUUCUCAAAGGUUUUUCAGGCAGAAAAUCCCUUCGAUUUCAUGGAAAACAUUUCUUUAGAAGGGAAAACGAAUUUCUUUGAGAAACGAGUAUCAGAGUAUCAGCGUUUCGCAGUUAUGGCAGAAACCACAGAUAAUGUCUUCACUUUGGAUGCAGAUUUUUAAACUUUUGCCUUUUGACGACCCUAUAAACCUGUCCUUGAGAAACAAGUCUGUUUUUCUCACUUUAAAAAAUACUUGAAAUGUUUCCUUCAAGGGAAUGGAAGUUUGAUCAAGAGGAAAUCUCUGACCAAAUUCUAAUCACGACGGAUUCACACACAUACACUCUAGUUUUCCUAUACGAGAGUGUGACCUAAAUGCUUUUGUCUUUUUCUUGGCCCUGGAAUGUAAGACGGUGGUAAUUAAGAGGAUGGGGUGAAGGGUCCGAGAGGAGUUUGGGGUUCUGGCCUUUCUCCUUUGUGUGACUCUUGGCAAGUCAGUUAAUCUCUGUAAACCACACUGUACUGACCUUUGAGAUGAGUUUCACGCUGAGUCCUGAGCUCGUGGAGGGAUGUGGGAUUUAGAUGCAAAAAUAAGUGCCCUGUCCAUUCCUCCGCCUCUGCUCCUCCUCCUCAUUGUUACUGAUGGACAGAAAGACCUCCUCUCCUCAAAGUCACUGUGCUUCUGAAGGUUCUAGACCUAGAGUUAAUGAGAUGGCUUAGUAUUUGGGGGAAGAACACAAGGAUUUCCUUGGAAAGAUCAUAAUUCUCAUCAGUGUGAGAGUAACAUCUUGGAAUUCUCGGUAUGUCAUGAAGGAAAUUUAGCUCUUGUUGCUUUGGGAAGGAUAUUUAAGGAGUGGAAUCCAAGUGGUUUUCAUGGUAGUUAACUAAGCAGCGUGAUUCUUCUCCUUCCCAGAUUAAAUGGUAACUGUUGUCAGAUUUAGCCCUGGAACGUUUAGAGCCAGGAUGGACUGGCUACCUUAGCACUUCCCAGAGAUGGCCUCAGAGCUGUUAGUCCCUCCAGAGGCUUUGUGGGAGAAAAGGGACUUGGCGGCCCAGUGAGUUGGAGCACCCUGCAUGGCCUGCCCUCUGGAGGACACAGUCGGUGCCUCGGAGCCGAAACUGCAGGGCGGGAGCUCCUCUCACUGGCACCUUCCAUGCAUGCCCGACAGACCUUCACAGCAUGGACUGGAAAAAGCCGGCCUGGCGCUGUUCACCCGGAUAGGAACUGGACUAAGAAUAGGAAAGCACGGUGAGAUUAUGGAGGCUUUUCAUGUUUGCGCUGAGCUGAGUAGCUACCUGAGACCGACUCCAGCUGUGUUUGCCUUUUUGCUGUCCCGAGAAAGCAUCCUUCAAUGGCGCCCUGCACGCAGUGUGGUCAGAUGUCUCAUCUCCCCUGGCAGACAGAGCUAAGGCUGGGCAGGUGUCGCGGCCGCCCGCCCCGCUUCCCCUCAGGGAGCCCCCUCAGUCAGGGGUUCCUGACUGCGGCAGGCUGUACUUUAUACACCUCGGAGACUAAAGUCUAGAGGCUCUCUCUGUAUAAGUUUGCCGCCUCUGCAGCUACCUAGUUUACAGAGUGAAGUUCUCAGAUGCAAAAGGAGCAGCUCACCUGUGUGCUGUUAGAGAGGACCGGGAACCUGGAUAUCUUGGCUUGUGGUAGUUCAUUGGUUCUGGGCUUCAGGGUUUUCCAGGUGUUGUUUUCAUCGACACACAAAGCCUUCUGAGCUCAGCAGAGCAGCUGUGGUUGAAACAUCGCAGGUGCAAGGAGUGAGGCUCACAAAAAUUAAAUGACUUGGCCAAGACCUCAGGUACCAUCCCCAUGGUCUAAAUUUUUUUUUAGUUUGUCACAUCUCUUAAAUUUAGUUUUUGCCAUCCAUCUAGAUUUGGUUUUGCUUAUUUCCUUUGUUAAUCCAAGUUAUCACAGAAUUAAUGUAUGUGAUACUUUCGAGACUCAGAAUGGCCUAGGGAAACAUUUGAAUCAUAGUCGGGAAGUAUCUUAAAGGUUUUUACCUAUCGUCAUACAAAAACAGUGCUUUGGGCUGGGGAUUUAGCUCAGUGGUUCUGCUGCCUGCCUUGCAAGCACAAGGACCUGAGUUCGAUCCCUGGUACCAAACAACAAACAAACAAAAACGUGUUUUAAAACUAAUCUGUGAUGAUAGCAGAGUUAAAGAACGGAAGGUGUGCAGUGGUAAUGACAGAUGCCUUAAAGCUUAUUUAUAGUAGCAAUAAACAGAACUAUUGGAGGAAGAAGUCUUAAUACUGAAAUACUGGAUUUUUAACACACUGGUUUAUUUUAUUCAGUAUUCUGUGCCUCCAGGCUGCACUUUUAUUUAUUAUGUUUGGUACUUUGAGUUUCAGAUCUUAAAGAAUCAAGAGUUAUGAAGUCUCUUUUUAAUAUAUCUUAUAGGUAAAGAAAAUAAUUAAGAGUAUGUUUACAGCUUUUCCUCUUUAUACCACAUGUAUGUUUAAGUCAUUGCUGUGGUAGUUGAGAAUGUAAAGCCUCAUAGUUCUAUGAUAGACAGCAUGAAGAACCAGGGCCUGGAAGGGGUUGGGAAGACCGGGUGGACGACCUGGUGUUUGCGGUCCAGUACACACAACAGCUAGCAGUCCUCACUAUGGAAGCGGACCCGGCCAUGUCUUGCUGUGUGAAAGUUUCCAGUUGUCUCAUAUUGGAAUAUCCAGGUUAUUCUGUUUCUUUGAUUACUUUUUCAUUUGUGUAUGGAAAAAGUGAUCACUAAAAAUGUAGCAGUUUGCGUAUUUUAAAAAUUAACUUUGAGGGCUGGGGAUUUAGCUCAGUGGUUUCGCCGCCUGCUGUGCAAGUACAAGGACCCAAGUUCGAUCCCCGGUACCAAAAAAAAGAACUUUGAGAAUUUUUCCUUUUAUGUUCAAGUCUGUUAACGUCACUCUCGUAGAAUUGCCACAUUUCUCUGAGUGGUUCAAGGGCUAAAUGUCAUGGGAGGGCUUUCAGUGGUAGAGAAGGCUGUGGACGGCCGCCUGGAGUCGGUCCUGAGGGUGUGAGCAGAGCCCAGGCCUGGCGCCUGACUCUGGGUGAGCUCUCUCACGCGCCUUGUAACUGCUCUGCUGCUUCGUGAGGGAGAUCAGUGUCCUGAGGACUCAGAGGAAGGAUUUAGUCCUUCAGAUCUGGAGCUUACUUCUCCUCGAGUGUAUGACAGGGUGGGGGAGCACUUGCCUGUAAUCCCAGCUACUCUGAAGGCCGGGGCAGGGGGUUGCCAGUUUGGGGUAAGCCUGGGUGACUCAGAGACUCUGCCUCAAAAAGUGAAAAGGGCUGGAGAAGGAGCUCAGUAGUGAGUGCCCACCUGGCGUGCACAAGGCCCUGGGUUUGAUCCCCAGUACAGGGAAAAACAAAACAAAUAAAAAUGAAAGACUACUGUAGUUCUUUUGUGCAGUUAAAUAAAGUCACAAUAUUCUUAACUUAUGUGUUUAAUUCUGUUUUAUGGAAUUAUGUUUUGAGUUUUGCAAAUGUCUGGUCAUUAAGCAAGAUUAUCUGUCUACUGUGUACAUAGAAAGCUUUAUUAGAUGCGGUAUACCUAAAUUAUUUUUUAUUUUGCUGAAAUAUGUAAGCCAAUUCUGCAUAUACCCAAUCCAUGUUUUUCCGGGGAAAGUUGUUUUCAGUUGUUACGUGUUGGUUUAGUGUGUUGAAAUAAACUGCAUCAUAGUCACA